AUGAACUCGUACACCCCCUUGGUACCUGUGGUUCUCGAUAUCUCCCAAUCAGACUCGAAAAGUCCCUCGAAGAGUGAAAUUAAGAAUGAUCUUGAAAAAAAAAUAGUGGGAGAGGGCAAGAGAAGAACGAGGUUUGUUGUGACUGGUGGGUCAGGUUACAUUGGAUCUUGGAUCGUUCGUCAUCUGCUCAUGAAUGGCGGUGAUGGUGAAGCAGAUAUUUGGGUGGUUGAUAGAGAUCCAUUGCCAAAAGACCUGGCUCGUCAUGGAAUCCAGUUUUUGGAAUUAGAUCUGUCGAAUACGCCGGAGAGCAGUGGUAAAUUUGCGAAUUUGUUUUCAGAACUUGUUUCUGGGAAAUCAGAUUCAAAGGUAGUAGUGUUCCACUGCGCUGUAACUGCCAUGUACAAUCCUCGUCGGACAGAUUCUGGGUUGGUUGAAGAGGCAGAUGCUAAUAUCGCAAUGGCACAUACACUAGUGAACUCGUGUCUGGAUGUCAAAGACAGGUGUUAUAUCGUCAACUUGGGAGACGGAAUUGUAGACCGCACACGGCCGUCCUGGUUCAACCCAUAUCGCAUUGACACAUGGAGCUCAACUUCGAGCUCGACUUCAAGUUCGACUUCAAGCUCAGAUACGGAUGUGAAUCACGUCAAGAACGAAAUCCUGAGUGACCAGUCGAAACUGUUUGUAGGGAGCAGGAGCUCGUACGUGAACGAAUAUGCAUACUCUAAAGCAGAGUCAGAGCGAAUAAUUCUUGAAUCUGAUAUCCCCUCGGCAUCCAUACGACCCUACGGGUUUGUCACUGGACAUCUCGGCGACUCGUUUCUUACUCCAGCAUUGCGUUAUAACGGAGGACUUCUCCAUUCACAGGGUGUGCCCAUUGGCCUGUUGCAUGUGGACGAUGUGGUUCAACAGGCUCUAACGAAAGCCAUUACUCGGGAAUACAACGGGAUUUCAAACGGACUUUCUAACAUAUACACUCUCUAUCCGGAAGAACUGACGACCUUGUCUGCUAUAUACGACUACAUCUCCAGCAAACGACCGUUCCGCCGCAUCAAAAUCCAGCCCAUGAUCGUUCUCGUCGUCAGUCACAUCCUCUCUAUUCUCCCCCGCAUCACAAAACUCCUUACUGGCACUCCUCCUGGCUUAUCCAAAUCUGACGACGCUCUACUUUGUGGAACCGCCAAUUCACUCACCGUAGCCCGUUUUAACGUCUUACAAACCACCCAACCCCCUCCUCACCCUUCCACCCUCCACAUCGCCUCCUACUCCCCCCGUGCCAUCCUCGAUUGCCUCCUCAACGAAGAAAAGGCUAUCCUCGAAAAAAUCGACCUCAAAAAGGCUCAAUAG